CUUUCGAACAACAAGGGAGCGGAAGGAGUGAGGGCUCUCGAGGGCAGCGGCGACUUCACCAGCCUCCGCUGAGUUUGCGCAAGUCCCGACGCGCAUGCUCCGUGAAAGCCAAGCAGCAAAUUCUGAAGGAUAACAGAUUCUAAAACAUCACACGCUCAGCAGACCGGCCGAUCGUCACCCUCGCUGGCCGCUGUCCUCAGUCAUGAUGUCGCCUAAGCAAAGGAAGUUGGGCCACUGAAGAGCAAUGGGCGAACAGCCCCCGUCUGGCUGGCGGAGCCGGCUCAUCUCUUCGCUGAUGAUGGGGCAGCGUGUCCGGGAAGUUACCUUAGACCGGGGGGUCUUAGCCUGGUGGGACCCACAACCACCACCGCACAAAGGACAAGAGUGUUGUUCUGUGCCCACCUCUGAGAUUAUUGCUGUCGAGGAAACAGAAAUGGAUGAAAAACAAUCUAAAAGUGGCAAAUGGCAAAAAAUGGCAAAGCCACAUGCAUUCACAGUGCAUUAUGUGAAGAGGGCCCGACAUCACCGCUGGCGGUGCAAAGAAGUGAUAUUUUGGUGCACUGAUGAGCAUCUUUGUAAUCAGUGGAUACAUGCACUGAAAGAAUUACUUGAUUUACAAACUUCUAGACCAAAGCACUUGCUUGUCUAUAUUAAUCCAUAUAGUGGAAAACGACAGGGGAAGAGGAUAUAUGAACAAAAAGUAGCUCCACUGUUUGGUCUGGCUUCCAUCUCCACUGAUGUUGUAGUCACUGAAUAUGCUAAUCAUGCAAAGGAUAAUUUAUUUGAAGUUAAUUUAGAGAAAUAUGAUGGUAUUGUUUGUGUUGGUGGGGACGGAAUGUUCAGUGAAGUGAUGCAUGGUCUGAUUGGAAGAAUACAGAAGGAUUCUGGCAUAGAUCAAAAUAAUCCCAAAGCACCAUUAGUCCAAUGCAAUAUAAGGAUUGGCAUAAUCCCUGCUGGUUCAACAGACUGUAUAUGCUAUGCAACAGUUGGCACCAAUGAUCCAGUAACAUCAGCAUUACAUAUCAUUGUAGGAGACACUCAACCUCUGGAUGUCUCUUCGGUACAUCACAAUAAUGCAUUUCUGAAAUACUGUGUUUCACUAUUGGGGUAUGGUUUUUAUGGAGAUAUAUUAAAGUAUAGUGAAGAGAAGCGCUGGAUGGGUACUGUCAGAUAUGACUUCUCAGGUUUCAAGGCCUUUCUCUCCCAUCAUUGCUAUGAGGGAACAAUAUCCUUUUUACCAGCAACACACACUGUGGGAUCCCCAAGAGAUAAAAAAUACUGCAGAACUGGGUGCUGCAUUUGCAAGCAAAGUAAAAGAUGGCUGGAGGAAGAGCGACAGAAGUAUGGAAAAGAAAUUAAUGAGGAUGAAGGAGGAGGAGAAUGGAAGGUUAUUAGAGGAAAGUUUCUAGCCAUCAAUGCAUCAAUUAUGAGUUGUGCCUGUUCACGGAGUCCGAAUGGCCUUUCACCAGCUGCUCACUUGGCAGAUGGCUCUGCAGACCUCAUCCUGGUCCGUAAAUGUUCCCGACUCAAUUUUCUAAGAUACCUCGUGAGGCAUACAAAUCAGGACGAUCAGUUUGACUUCACCUUUGUAGAGGUCUAUCGUAUCAGGAAGUUUCAAUUUACAUCAAAAAAUUUUGAAGAUAGUGACAAUGAUGUUAAGGAUGUGCAGAAGAAACGCUUUGGCCACUUCUGCAGAGACCAUCCUGCUUGUUGUUGCACCCUUUCCAACAGUACCUGGAACUGUGAUGGAGAAACCCUGGAUAGUUCAUCAGUCGUAGUCAAGGUUCACUGUCAAUUAAUGAAACUCUUUGCAAGAGGAAUAGAGCAGAACUCCAAACAUGAAGCAACUUAGCUGAGCAGUUAAACUGAAGUCAGCCUCCAUGAAAACUAAGCAACAGAAGACAACUGCCUGGGCAAUUAAGCAUUUCAGGCAGGUUAAUAAAUGUUUUCAAAGUGAAUAUAUUUUUGUGGUCAGAUUUUAAUUUUGUUAAUAUUAGUUUUGCACAAAUGUCUUCAGAGAAUUACAUUUUAUGCAAACCAUGCUAUUAUUUCGAAGUAAUUUAACAUGUUAUAUGGGAGGGAGGGGAAUUAGUUUACGUUUUCAUAGUAACUGAUAUUCAGUGCUUGGUUUGGUUUGGUUUGGUUUGGUUUUUUAAAGGAGCUGAUUCUGUUACUGAACUGCAAUAAUAAAUUUGGGUGCAAUCCAGUGGCAUUAAAUUCAACAAGAGUUUUGCCAUUGAUUUCAGAUUUACACCCUAGAUGUAAUUGUGCAAAUGAUUUCUAUUGACGUCCCAAUAUGGGAGUUGAUCAAAGUGAGAUCUUUAAAAGGAUUUACUGAAUUAUUAUUUUGUAUCUGUGUGUGUUAUAAAUAUUCAAAAAGUAGCAAUGUUCCCAUGCCUUUGCUUCAGUUUCUCCUUAAACUAUAGCAAAACCAUUCAUUACUUGAGUGUAACUGUAUUUUGCAACUUAUCAAUGCAACUCAAACAUACAUUCCUGGCUUUGAGUAAUAAAUCUUUAUACGUAUAUUAGUAAAUUCAGAGCAUGUCUGCAUACAAAAAACAUAUUGUAGCGUAGAGAACUUCCCAGCUUUUCUCUUUCAGGGAUUAUGAAGAGUUGUCUAGAAUGCUUUGUAUGGACAUAGCAAGCACAAAUACAUGCUGAAGCAGCUUCGAUCACAGUUCCAUAAUACCUGAGGGAAAUGGGGUAAGGUGGGAAAUCUGAAAUGCACCAGCAAAUCUUUUCCAUCUUAUAUAGAAAAUGUAUUUAAUCAUGUUUCCUUCCCAAUCAAAACCAGUUUGUACAAUCAGCAGAAUCAAGUGAUAAAAGUCAUGUUCAGUGUUGUUGUUUUGUUUGUCUUUUGGGAGGACAACUGGAAAACGCUGCCCUUUUCCUUAGCUUUUAACAUGGUUUGAUGCUUGCAGCUGCUACUAAAUUGGAUUUACUGGUUGUUUUUCUCUGUUUGGGGGAUGGCCUAGCUCAGUGCUUUGCUUGUAGAAGGUCCCCUGUUCAAUCCUCGGCAUCUACAAGCAGUGCCGGGAAAGACUCCUGCCUGGAACUCCAGAGAGCUGCCGCCAGUCAGUGUAGACCAGGGAUUCUCAACUGGUGUAAACAAUACUGAACUAGAUAGAUCAAUUACCUGAUUCGGUAGAAGGCAGCUUCAUAUGUUUACAUUUUGUUAUAGUUUUGUAUUCUUAUCGUGUCACCAUCUCAGAACUCCUAUGGUUGAGAAGUGGGAUAUGCCUACUUUAUAUUAAAUAAAUAAAGCUUUUCCUAGACUGGCCCUUUUCAGGCUGCAGGCGGACAGUUGAAUGUUUGAAUACUUCCCCACAAAAACAACUUCCUGCUACAUAUAAAUCUAGCACAUUAGGGAAAAGGUUUAGGCUGAACUCUUUCCCCCGACAUGUUAGUUUUCCACAUGUAGGGAUUUAUUUUCAUGGGGGAGUAUUCAAACAUUUGAUUCCCCACCUGCAGCCUGGUGUGGUUCUAUUCAGGAAAAGUGUUACAACUCGAUUCUGCUGAUGAUAUGAAUUGGCCUAAAGACAAUGGCACUGGCUUCAGGGAGAUUCUGUAGCACCAGAUGGAGUCUCUUUGUAAAAAUUAGAAUGUUAAGCGAUUUAGAAUGUUGUAACUGAACCAGUGAUAUGAGUUCGCAUAUUUAGUAAAUACUGAAAUCUUGUAGACGUUAACAAGGGGUUAUUUGUUUGAUAUGUGAUGAAAGUGUCAUUGGAUAAAAUCACAGAUUCUCCUUGUAUGUGAUUUACUUUUACACAAAAUAAAUUAGGCUCCCUUGUAAAGACUUGCAGUCAUGAUGGGAAACCUGUAUAUAUUUAUUCACAUCCUUUGUACAGGAGAAUGUAUAGAGUUUGGAGCAAACUCUGCUUUGUUUUUCUGCCUUUUAACUUGCAUAGUAGAAAACUUAAUUUAGUAGCAUUUAUCCCAGCUUUCUUUUUCCUUUUGAUUAUAUGCGUUUCUUGAGAAUAUUCCACUUCUGUUUCAUUCUUUGUGAACAGCUAAAGCUGCAAUCCUAAGCGCACUUACUGGGAAGCAAGUCCUGUUGAACCUAAUGGGGCAGAACUUCCAAAUAAAUGCAGAAUGCACUUCAAGAGGCCGACAUUUGCUUGUAUGUCUGCAAGAUCCAGUGUUACAUUUAAAACCUUCAUAACUCAUUGUUCACCUACUGGAGAACUUCAGUGAUAAACUAAGUUUUCAAUUAAGACAUAUUAGAAUACAUAAUCUAUCAAAACCCCUUUGCAGGUUUUUGCAGUAGGUUGGGAGAAAGCAACCAAUGGACAUAGCUCCAUUCAUUGCUAUCAGCUGUUUUUGAAUGGACUCUGCCCAUCAGCUUUUCUCUCCCAACAAGUGCUUAGAUAUUGGUCCUGCUGAGUGAGAUUAAUGGGACUGAAUUCCUGAGCAAGUGAAUGGUCAAUUGGUCAUUGACAUCAAAGAGUUAGUGUGAUUAUUACAAGUGUGUGCUAAAGUAUUAUAUCUGUCACUAGUAUUUGAUUAACAUAGAUUAGUUAAAAGUUCAGAAUUCCUGUGUGGUUUUCCCAUGCAAAUUCAGUGGAGAGAGCAAUACCAUAAGAUCUCUCUUUUGCAUGCACUGAGCUAUCUUCUACACUGAAGUGAAUGGUAAGUCUUAAUGUGUGCAGAUGCUUCAGUUGGAGCCCUGGAAUUCCCACAUGUGCACACAUUUAUGUAGGGAUUGUGCAUGGAGCACUUCACUCCAUCCUUUCAAAAGAUUUAUUAUUUUCAAUCCGUUCAAAGAAAGAUUUCAGUUCUGUUGCAUAACUCCUUGCAUAAUUUUCCAAAUCUAGGAAUAAAUUUAUAUUCGUCAGAAGCAUAGACCUGCUAUUGCAAAGCUAAUAAUGUCUCAACAUCCAAAAAUACAACCUUGUCUUGAUAUAGAUUAGGUCACACACUUAGGUGACCAAAAUAAAUAAAAUCGUCCCAGUCUACAAAAAUAUGAUUUGUUCAAGAAUGAAUACUUGCUUAGAACUGUGACCUGACUCAGGAGUGGGGACAGACUGGGCUCAUUUGCAUAUGUCAACUUACACACACACACACACACACACACACACACACACACACACACACACACGCCUGCUUGUAAAAUAACUGGCCAGCUGGCACCUUUGAUUUAUAAAGCUUAGCAGGAAGUAAGCUUUUAAUCAGCAUUCAGCAUCCCAUUGAAAAAAGUAAAGCAAUGGAGGCUCUUGUGCUCGGACAGCUCUGGAUAGCUUGCGACUUACCAAGAAAUGCAGCCCAUUAGCCAUGCAUGCUUCAUGGGGAAUCACUACUAUUGUAAAGAAAAGGUAAUGUAGAAUAAACAAAUAGGUGUGAAAAUGAUUGCUGGGGUGUAGGAAAUAAAUGAGAAUAUCCAUUGCAGUCCUGCAAGUUAGCAUAAAAUUUGAUCUGAGUAACGUCACCGUUUCCUCAAACUGCCCUGUUUCGAAGUGGCUUAUUAACAAAGCACAGUCCAUGCUGAUGUGACGCAUUCCACAUGUCCUGUUAAGAAAAGAACUCUGUACAUAAGGCUGUGAUACUGUGCAUGCGUAUUUGGGAGCAAGCCCACUUGAACUCAGUGGGGCUUAUUUCCAAAUAAGCAUGCAUAGAACACAUUGCAUGUGUCUGCUUCUGGCUUAGCAAAAAAUGGGAAUGAGCAGUAUUGGCAUGAAAAUGGUGGGCAGGGAGACUUUGUGAUGGUUUGUGGUGUUUUGUUUUCCUGUGUCAAUCUUGCUGGCUUCAAGAUUGAAAGGCGACAUUUUGUUAUUGUGUGCUGGAAAAGAAUGAAUUCUUCUGAAAAUAAAAAAGUUAAGUUAUAUUGCAAA